ACAGUUAAUUUUGGAUCCAUUUCAGUUUGAUAAAUGCAUUAAUUUUGAUAACAGCACUCUGUGUGCCUGGGAACAGCCUGGCUGUGGCUGGGUGGGAAGCAGAAGGUGAGGGAAGGCACAGCCUCUCCUUCUCCUGGGUUGUGUGGGAUUGGAUCCAUAGGAUCUGAUCCAAGCUGUGCUUUUCCUGCCCUGGAUGGUGGUGUGGGAGAUCAGGACCUUGCCAGGCUGGGUUCCCAGUGGGACCAGGGGAUCCUUGGGAUCCUUGGUCCAGCGAUGCCAGCGUUGUCCAGACAUCCCAGGGCUCUGGAGCCGUGCCCAUCCCUGGGGAGCUGUUCCAGUGCCCUUCCCACCUUUCCUGAUAUCCCUCCCAGAUCCAGCUGUUCCUGUGUCCAUCCUCCUCGAGGUGUUCUCACCUCUUCCCCUGCUGUCCUGGCAGGAGGGAAGUGUUUGUUCCUGCUUUGGCACAUUGGGAAUGUUUUCCUCUCCAGACAAGUGUCUCUACCACAUUCCAUAGGGAUAAAACUUCCCCAACCUGCCUUUGCCUGCCUGCCCUUCUCCAGGGCUGACUGCACUGUGGCAAAGAGAGGAAAUCCUGGAAAAUCCUGGAAAUCCCAGGGGAAGCUGUGGGAGGGCAGGAGCGGUGCCACAGCUGGGACUGGAGCUGCUCCAGGCUGGGCUCCAGUGGGAAUCACCACCUGGAGCAUUCCCAGUGUCCUCAGCUCUCCCAGACCACUCUGCCCACAGUGGGAAUAUCCAUUUCUUACCACCUUCCUUAAUGAGUCCAGGGAAAUCAGGAACAUUCUGGAGUCACUCUGUGGGCUGUGAUUCUCCAAGCACUUCCCCCAAGCCUGCACCAAACCCCAUUCCUGUUGCUGUAGGAACAGGUUUUCCUUCCCCUUGUUCCUGGAAUCCACAGAGAGAUCUCAAAUUCUCCUUGGAGCUGCUCAGGAACUCAGGUUUUCCUUCCCCUUGCUCCUGGAAUUCACAGAGAUCUCAAAUUCUCCUUGGAGCUUCUCAGGAUCUCAGGUUUUCCUUCCCCUUGUUCCUGGAAUCCACACAGAGAUCUCAAAUUCUCCUUGGAGCUGCUCAGGAACUCAGGUUUUCCUUCCCCUUGUUCCUGGAAUCCACACAGAGAUCUCAAAUUCUCCUUGGAGCUGCUCAGGAACUCAGGUUUUCCUUCCCCUUGUCCCUGGAAUCCACAGAGAUCUCAAAUUCUCCUUGGAGCUGCUCAGGAACUCAGGUUUUCCUUCCCCUUGUGCCCCUGGAAUCCAGAUGUUGGUCUUUUGUCCUUGGAGCUGCCCAAGGCCUCUGUGGAUUCUGUGGAAUCCAGAUGUUGCAGUCCAGGAAAUCCUCCAGAUGUUCCACCCUCCGUGAGCCCCAUCCCAGCUGCUCCAGUGCAGGAGAUGCAGCUCAGGAAUCGCUCUCAGCUCCCCAGUGUGGAUCCAGCUGCCCAGGGGGGUUUGGGAUCCCAUCCCUGGGGAGUCAGGGGACAACAGGACAUCCCACACAAACUCCUUGUUGUGUCACCCCUGGGGAGUCAGGGGACAACAGGACAUCCCACACAAACUCCUUGUUGUGUCACCCCUGGGGAGUCAGGGGACAACAGGACAUCCCACACAAACUCCUUGUUGUGUCACCCCUGGGGAGUCAGGGGACAACAGGACAACUCUUUGUUGUGUCACCCUUGGGUCUGGCCCUGGUCCAGCUCCAGGGAAUGCAGAGAAAUUCCCAAGCCCCUGUGUGUGCUCAGGUAACUCUGGAAUCCUCCUGCCCUGGAAACUUCAGGGGUUGGGCUUCAGAAGUUUCUCUUUCAGCCAUGGAAAUGUCAAAGCUUUUUGUGUGGGAAGCGACAUUCCUGGGAAUGCAGCUCCAUCCCUGUGUCUCUCCAAGGUGUAUUUUGGUGCUUCUGAGCAGCUUGUGAGCUCUGGAGGAAAGGGAAUGUUUGGAUCUCAUUAUUCCUCAUUUUUAUGUUGUUUUUUUUCAAGAGAAGUGCUCCAGAAAUAGAACCUCAGUCUCCAGUCUCUAUCACAUGUCCAAUUAUCCAGCUGGGAUUAUUUCAUUCCAUGAAAGCUCCCCUGGAGCCAGUGACAGGAUUCCAGCUCAGCCAUCUCCAGCUUUCCUCCUUUUGGUGGAGGUUUGCUCUGGGAGAGAGGGAGAAGGAAUUGUUCUGGAUGGAAACUGGGAGGAAAAUCAUUCCUGGGGCAGCUCAUCCUCCUCUGCCUUGGGAGCCAAAAAACGGGAUCUGCACAGAAAUCCCUUCUCCAGCUGGAAAUCUGGAUGGGUUUAUUCCAAAGGAGAGAUUGGGAGGGUUUGUUCUGCAGUUCUCCUUUUCCAGGAUUUGAGCUUUGCUUGUCCCUCAGGUGGCACCUCCUGGAGCACCUUCAGCAUGUUUGGAUUCUGGACAUCCCAUCCCUGGGGUUUUUCCUCCAUGGGGUUUUAGGAUCUGCCCCUAAAUCCAGGAUUUUCUGGGUGCCCCAGAAGCCUGAGGGGCAGAGCAAGGUCCAUGUCCCAGCAGUGGCAGUGGGAAUUGCAGUUUGGGAACUCCCAGACUGCAUUUGCAGCAGGAGUUGGGAAUUCCUCCCUGGAGGAGCUGCUCUGGUGUGUCCUGUUGCUCUGGGACCUGCCUGUGCCCGCUGUUCUUAUUCCCAGUUCAUUGCCAGUUCUCAUUCCCAACGGGAUCUUUAGGCCUUUGUGAGGAGGAGAACAGGAAUGUGAGCCCCAUUCCAGUGGGAGUUCCAUGGACGUGUCCCUGCCCUCU